CCGCCAUUUCUUUUUUUAAAACCAGUCGCCUCGCCAGUCGCCCCACCCGCCAUUUAUAUUUGUUAAGCCGCCGAAACCGCCAAGGAACGGACGGAAAACAAACCGAGGCGAGAACGAGAGCUGGGAGGGAAAUUUGUGCGGCGGAGUAGCUGCUGGAUUCACACGGGUGAGGGUUGAGCAAGAGACGGGGAGGAGGAGCUUGGGGGCGAGGACAAGUCAAAGGACAAAGGCUCGCACUCCCCCGGCGCCUUCUCGUCAGCUUCUCCCCCUUCGUCGUCUUCGUCUGCUCCGCCCGCCUACCACGCACGUUUUCGCUUCCCCUCUUUUAACAACGCCCAGCACCGCCGCCUCCGCAGUCGAGCAGAGCGCCCCUCCCUCUUCCUCCCUCCCCCUCUUUCUCGCUCGCCUCCCACUUGCGGGCGUCUCGCUGAACUGGUUGCGCCGUACCAGCUGCGCUCCGUCUCCACAGAAACUGCUUCCAAGUCUCUAGCUCUCUGCGGGUGCAUCUGCGGUUGUAUUUGUAAAGAUGGGUUGCUGCUUUAUGUUCGGAAAGAAAGCUAAGCAGGCCGUUGAAGGCGAUGAAGAUCUACAUAGCGUCAAGGUGUUUUCUUACAACGACUUGAGGAAGGCUACACAAGAUUUCAGUGACGCAAACAAGAUUGGCGAGGGCGGUUUCGGUUCUGUCUUCCGGGGAGUGCUUAAAGAUGGGACACUAGUGGCAGUGAAAGUUCUAUCUGCUACUUCAAGGCAAGGCGUCCGCGAGUUUCUGACUGAACUUACAGCAAUAUCUGAUAUCAAGCAUGCAAAUCUCGUCACUCUUAUCGGUUGCUGCGCUGAAGGCUCUCACAGAAUCCUGGUUUACAAUUACCUCGAGAACAACAGCCUUGCGCAGACAUUGCUAGGAUCCAGAUACAGUAACAUUCGGUUCAAUUGGCGGGCUCGUGUCAAAAUUGCAGUUGGCAUUGCCUGUGGACUUGCGUUUCUCCAUGAGGAAAUCCGUCCUCACAUUAUCCAUAGGGACAUAAAGGCAAGCAACAUUCUUCUUGACAAGGACCUGACCCCGAAAAUUUCGGAUUUCGGGUUGGCAAGGCUCCUACCACCCAACGCGACGCAUGUGAGCACCCGAGUAGCAGGCACAUUAGGAUACUUGGCUCCUGAAUACGCAAUCCGUGGUCAAGUGACAAAGAAAUCCGAUAUCUAUAGUUAUGGUGUUCUUCUUUUAGAAAUUGUUAGUGGGAGAUGCAACACCAACACAAGAUUACCUAGUGAAGAUCAAUUCCUCCUUGAGAGGACAUGGGCACUCUAUGAGGAAGGGCGUUUAGAAGACAUCAUAGAUAUUGACAUCGGCGAUGACCUGGAUGUUGAUGAGGCAUGCAGGUUCAUGAAGAUUGGCCUGCUAUGCACACAAGAUGCGAUGGCGCGUCGUCCCAGCAUGACCAAUGUCGUUCGGAUGCUCUCAGGGGAGAAGAGAAUCAACGUAGACCAGAUCACUAGGCCUGCCAUGAUCACUGAUUUUGCUGAUCUCAAGAUCAGCAACAAGGAGCAAAGACCAGGCGAGACACGCUCUCCCACGACAACUCCUACGACGAAAUCAUUCACCACCACCGAACCAUUCUCGUCGUCAGAGACGCCCACGCAGUCAUCCAUGUGAAAGUGUGGGCGUAAGAAGCAGUUUUUUUUGUUGUUGUUUUUAGUUUGUAUAGUGUGUGAAUGUGGUAGAUGGGCCAGGUUACAUGAAUUUUUUUUGAAGAGUUUAUUGUUUGUUUUGUUAUGAGGAAACAUCUCAUAGGUCUCUUAUUGCAUCUUUGUUGCUGUAAAUAUUUGAAAAUGAAGAUGGUCAAGAUAAGCUUUGCACGAUUCUC